UUGUGUUUUUCCUUCGUGGGUUAAAGAAAACACUAUUAUUUUUCUCAUACAUUUUUAGGAAAUGGGUUUAUGGGACACCAGCUGGUUGCUAAUAAAAUUUGAUUAAUUUAGUGUGCUUUGUUUCUCUACCCACAGUCCAAAAUAUUGAGAAGAACAUCAUGAAUUAAACAAUUGGCACAGCAGAAGCAAAAGCUCGUCAGGUGUUUAUCCAAUACCUGAAUUAUCUACAUCUUAUUUAUUUUCUCUGAAAAUAACUGUAUUUUGUUAAUUUAUUUUAUUUUGCAAAAAAAAAAAAUGAAGAUAAUUCUAUCCUCUGGGAUAUUGGGGGGAGAGUAAGAGACUCAAACUCAUAAGGAAGCAAUCUUUUGAGGAUUGGCGUUACAGCAAAUUCAAUGCCUUACGGUAGAGCUAUAUUUUCUCCUAAUUUUGCGGCUUUCGUUUCCCUUCUCUAAAUGCUUGUACAUUGUCAAAACUCCACCACUACCAGAUGCUUUUUUACAGUGGUUGGGAAAUCCAAUGUGGUAGAAAUUAGAAAUUCUUGAAGAAAGAAAAUGCUUAUACAAAGCCAUUAGUUUUGGAUAAUCGGGUAAAUUUCCAGGAUUUUUUUUUUUUUUUUUUUUUUUGGGGUUGUAGUUAAGGUUUUUGUUAUUAGUCCUUGAUAUGCUAGAGGGAAUGGUGAAGAAUCAGAGAGAAAUGUGAUAAAAAUUACCAGGUGUUACUUUCUUUAAGCCUAACAAUGGUUUCAAAAGGAAAAAAAAGGUCAAAUUUUUUUAGCAUAGAAAGUUCAUUUUGGUGAGAGAUCCAGGAAGACUCAGAUCUUUGUUUUGUUGGGUUUUGCUGUUCUAGAUGAGGGUUGAAGAGAGAGUCUUUAUGUUCACAGCAUUGCUAUAUGUGCUUUGUAUGCCAUGCCUCAGUGCUCAGCCGCUUGGGAUUUCAACACGCUCGUUGGAUGCUCUUCUUCAAGACUAUGCAUUUAGGACCUUUGUCCGGCCAAGAACUGGCAUUCCUUAUAACGCUGAGGUACCCCACAAUCUCACAGGCAUUAAAGUUUCUGCCAUGAGGCUUAGGAGUGGUAGCUUGAGAACCAAAGGUGUUCAAAGCUAUAAUGAGUUUCAGAUCCCAAUUGGGGUUGUUGAGCAACCCUUUGUUAAGAGGCUUGUUUUGGUGUACCACAACCUGGGCAAUUGGUCUUCUCUUUUUUACCCUUUACCUGGUUACUCCUACUUAGCUCCUGUUCUCGGUCUCCUUGCUUACGAUGCUUCCAAUUUGUCUGCCAUAAAUUUACCAGAAUUGGAUCUGAGAGCUUCUGAAAAGCCAAUCUUGGUUAAGUUUUCAGAUGUCAAACCGACACUAGAUGGUUUUUCACCGAAGUGUGUGUAUUUUGAUUUACAUGGUUCAGUGGAAUUUGACAAUGUAUUACCUGGAAAUGCAUGUUCAAUGAUCCAACAAGGGCAUUUCUCCAUUGUCACAGAGUCUGUUUCACCCUCACCAGCUCCUUCAGCAGAGAGUUUACCUCAUAGCAGGGUUGAUAGAGGAAAGGUCAAGUCCAGGGUGUGGAAGAUAGUCUGGCCAUUGUUUGUUGGCUUAAUUUUACUGAUUGUGCUUGGUUUUGUGAUUGUAAGAGUAAGAGGGUGUAAACGUGGAAGGAAGAUACAGCAAAUGGAGAGUGUAAUGGAUGGAAGUGAAGCUUUACAGAUGACACCUAUUGGGAAUACCAAAGCACCACUAGCAACAGGAACUCGGACCAGACCAGUAUUGGAGAAUCAUUACAUGCCGUAGAUUAUGAUUUGUUUUGUCCAAAGUAUUUAUUUCUUUUUUACUCAAGAUCUGUGCAAUUGUUCAGCAUUUUUUUUUUUAUUUAGUCACAAAAAAACAAAACAGAGAAAAACAAAAUGUUCAAAAUGUUUAAUUCAUUAGCACUAAUCAGAUUUGGCUGCUGUUAUUCUCUGUCCUUUUAUGAGUGGGGGGCCUUCAAAUGAUGGUGGCAGACUGCCAUUUGAUUGUCAAAAGUGACAUUUCUUUGCUAUAUUGCUAAAACUAACCUGAGUUUUAUGAUCCAUGUAUCUUGAACACCAAAGAAUAGAAGGAGGUCUUUUUUUUUUUUAUUUUGGUGUAAAUGGGAUGUUUUUAUGUUUCCUUCUUUUCCUUCCCAAUACAAAAACUGGGAUCAAGAUAUUUCUGCUUGCUUAAAACACCACAGCAAGAAGUUCGGAUCAAACUGUUCUGUUAGGCCAUUUAUCUUCUUUUCAAGAGCAAUCAAAUAAAGGAAGUUGGGAUCAAACUGUUCUGUUAGGCCAUUUAUCUUCUUUACAGCGGCAAUCAAAUAAAUCUUUUUUCCUGUAAUAUUUGCUUCUCUUUCAGCUUUCUUUCUGAUGCAUAUUGAGACAAACAGCUUCUUGUGAUCAGCCUCCGGAUUUAGUCUUGGUGCUGCAUGUUCCUUAAGCAAAACAGUUAUAAAAGAGACAGAGAAUGAUCAUUAGAGUGAUGUCAAUCAGUUGUCCUCUUUAUGUACAAUAAAUCCAAUGCCGCCAUUUUACAGCUCUAAACUGGAUUAUCUGAUCGUUCUCUUCUAUGAUUCUACCCUUCUUAUCAAUCACAAAAAAAAAUAAAAAAUAUAAAUAAAAAUAAAAAAAAGAAAAAAGAAAAAAAGAAGAAGAAGAAAAAUCGAUGCCGUCAUUUAUCUGGAUCUGUUUAGGACUUUGUCCCGCUGUUCCUUGUUACAAACCAUCACUUGCUAAAGCACAGCCACUGUAGAAGUUGCUGAACCAUUUGAAAGGUUCAAGUGAAACUUCUCAAAGUUUUGAUUGUAAGUAUACUAUCAGAUAAAAAUGAAAGAAUAAAUUGAAAUGGAAUUCCAACUAAAUAUCUACUAGUGCAAUAGAGAAUUUCCUGCUUUAACCUAACCCACAACAUUUAUUUUUGGGUUUUUCAUUCUGUGGUCCAGAAAAGGAACUUAAUUUGGAAAUUGAAGCUAGUAACAAAGCAGAAUUUGAUAUAUAACAACUAGCCCUUUUGAGCUGCAAUGUCCUAUUACCUUUUCUUUAGAGAAUAUAUAGAAACAAAAUCAUAACAGUUUAAGUCUGAAAAAUUGGAACGGCUGUAGUAUAGAUAUAUCAAUAAUGAACUAGUUUAUUGUGCUUUGAGCAGGAAUUGAGUUUUUAUUCCCUGACAAUAAA